AUGACCAACGUCGCCCUGGACAUGUUCUUAGCUGAAGACGAAGCAGCUGCAAACAGCACAACCGAUGCAACUCAUGAGAUCAUGAUUUGGCAAGCCGCGUACGGCGGACUCGAGCCAAUCGGCUGGGGAACUUUGGCACAUGACUACGCGCCGGCCUUGGAGGUUGGUAAGACAACCUACACUCUUUCACAUGGCUACAACGGCAACAACCAAUCUGUCUACACCUGGAUGCCAUCCACGAACCUCACCUCCAUUAACAUCGAUGUCGCGCCGUUCAUACACUACUUGUGGCGGAAGGAGUAUCUCGCAGGGGAGUUGUAUCUCGGCCUAAUGCAGUUCGGCUCCGAGGCGGUCCACUCGGCCGAGGGCCAGAACAUCACUUUCACAGCGAAGAGUGUCUUUAUGGAUAUUCAGAAGGGCGAGCCGAGAGCCGGAAGCGCUGCUGGGGCUCCGAGACCAGCUUUGGGUAUUCUUGGUGCAGCGCUGCUUGUCGUUGCAUGCGUCGGCCUUUGGUGA